UGAACUUGAGCUUAAGUUCUCCCCUUGCUCGUCGUUUAUCGGAAUCGUCUCUUAUCCGGCCCGGAUUUGGAACUCUCCGUUUACGCUUUCCAUCCUCUUCUCAAGUGUUAAAUCUAUGGCGCAAUUUGAUCGGAGCCAGGAGCUUGUGGACAUGGCUGAUGAUUACCACAACGUAUCUGGUUCUAAUGACAGUCUGCUUGGAGAUAACCGAGGGAUCGCUCAACGGAGGCCUCUUGUAGAUGAAUUUACCGAGUCCGACACUGAGGAUGCUUUAGAAAUGGGUGACCGGGCUACGGAUACAUCUGCUCUGGAGGUCAGAAAUGGCAAGGAUAUACAAGGGAUUCCGUGGGAGCCGUAUAAUGUCACCAGAGACAAUUACCGUGAAGUGAGGUUGCAACAAUACGAAAACUAUGAGAGCCUCUCGCGUUCUAGAGAGGAACUUAAGAAGGACUACAAGGAUGUGGUGAAAGGGUACAUGUUUUAUGACUUCCAAUACAACACAAGGGUCUUGAAACCAACAAUUGCUCACUUUCAGGUGACUUGAAUUCUCAGCUUACUCUCAAGUGACUCAUAUGUUUUACGGAGUAACUGCUUGAAAUCACACAUUGACAAAUAAAAUAACCUCUGGAUAUGAAUGUGUUGGGAAAUCAAUGCUAACUUCCGUUCAAAGCUAAUCUGUUUAAUUUCAUUUGUCUAUCUAUGAAAUCCAACUACACAAUUUUAUUUUCUUAGACUUCGUGCAAAAAGCAAAUGAGAACUCUUUUCAUGAAGCAAAUCCGAACUUGAAUUUGGGUAGAAGUAGUAGAUAAGUCAUAAACGAUGGGGCAAAGAGAAUAAGGAAUUUCAGGUAGGGACUGCAAUUUCAUUCUACCCCAACUUGUACUUGUCAAACAUCAUCCAUGCAUUGUACCUUGACUAUUAGUUGGGCGAUGUCUAUGUGGCUAUGUGUUCUUCAACUUUUGGUGGCUACUUUUGCAUCUACUAUGAAAUUCAUUUACUAUUAGCAUUUUAGAGUUAUCACUAUUAGAGUGCUUUAACCCAAUCAUUUGUUCCCUCUUUUCAAAUGCAAUAAUAAAAGUUUUGCAGGUGUUUUUCUUCGAACUAAUCCUAAUGGACACUUGAAUUUGGGUAGAAGUAGUAGAUAAGUCAUAAACAAUGGGGCAAAGAGAAUAAGGAAUUUCAGAUAGGGACUGCAAUUUCAUUCCACCCAACUUGUACUUGCUUAACAUCAUCCUAUCCAAGCAUUGUACCUUGACUAAUAGUUGGGCAAUGUCUAUGUGGCUAUGUGUUCUUCAACUUUUGGUGGCUACUUUUGCAUCUACUAUGUAACUCAUUUAGUAUUAGCAUUUUAGACUUAUCACUAUUAGAGUGCUUUAACCCAAUCAUUUGUUCCCUCUUUUCAAAUGCAAUAAUAAGAGUUUUGCAGGUGUUUUUUCUUCUAAUUAAUCCUAAUGGACAUUUUAUUUAUGAUCAUAACUUUCUGCAAGUAGCAUUCCUGGAGGUAUGAGUUUUGCAUGCUAUGGUUAUUUUGACUUCACAUUUUUAGCUUUCUGGACUGUUGACUUGUUCCUAAGCAGUUCGAGAAAUAAUUCUUGUCAGUUGCUAGUUUUUGUCAGAUGAUGCUUCUUGUGGCCUCAAAGCUGGUGAUUUUACUUACACCUGAUAUUAUAAUACGGAGUAAUAUUUAAGUUUUUUUUCUCCAUUCUUAAAGCGUUGAUAGUUUUACUAUUUUUGGGAUCAAGUUGAGUACAAGUAUCUUAAUUCAUCAAAUAUGGAGGAAUUUGACAUUUUGAAAGGGCUUUAUGCUGCUGCUACUUCGAAUUGCGCUGAUCCAUAAAUAAUGCUACGAAGUAUUUGCAUAAUUUACUUGGAAACUAAAUAUUUGCACGGAUACCAUUAGCUCCAUCCCAAAACAAGUGUAUUCUACCACGGAAAAAAAUUUUAAAUUUUAGUUAUGUUCAACUAUUGAAAAUCAUCAAUUUUCACUGCCAUU